UUCGCAAAAUUUCAAAUUGGUUACCAAGUUUGAUAUGUAUGGAAUCGGUUGGUUUCUUGCAAAAUUUGAAGUACUGUUAUCUGAUUAUGAAUUGCCCUGAACUUUCCAAAGUUGUGAGAGACCAACGGACUUAAUUGUAGGCCUACACUGCUACAGAUUUUUAUGUAAACAGUGAGAAGACUUCAAGUUCAGUCCUUUGUUUUCCUACCUCCAUGUUUGAACAUGCCAUUCUAUGGAAAGCAGAGCCUCCUGAGGGUGUACCACAAAUGGAACGUGUUUAAGCGGAAGAACUUAGAUCGGUACAUUGAGGUUGUUCACGGGAAGGCUUUCCUCAAUGAAUUAAAGAAAAAUCUCAGCAAGACGGGGCAAUACAAACAGUCAACUGUGAGACAAGUAAGAUCACAGCAGCCAAAGAAAGAAGGCCAUUUUCCCUCAAAACAGGGAAAGUCCUCCAACACUGAGACAACCACCGAUGAGGAAAAAGCAACGACUCUCAAGGAAAAGCCAAGAAGCAAGCAUGAUGUGCCCCAGGCACACAGAAGGGAGAGCCAAGAUCAGGGCUCUGAGAGUGCGUCAAUGAGAAGACGUCAAACCAGAAGGAGAGCCAGUAAGGGCAUAUUUUCCGCGACGGAGCUGACAGGAGAUGCUUCCAAGAAGAUCAAAGAGGCAGGGGGUCCUCAGGCUGGUGCUGGGAGGAUGCAAAGUCCUACAACUCGAGACAGAAGCUCCGUAAUGGUCCAAGAUGAUGGUGCUUUUAUCUCAUCCAGGACGAGACUUGCCAGGAGCAUUCGUAGAAAUGGCAAAGAAGGUAACACCACACAAGACUGUCACCAUGAAGCUGCUCUGGCGCAGAGAUCUGAAGAUGUUCUCUCAGGAGUCAAGGGAGAAACGACUACCGUAGAUAACCCCAAGUCUCCAAGUUUUUGUCAAGACAAAACAUCCGUGGAACCAGCAACUAUGUCACCCAGGACAGAGGAUGACAGCUCUCUGAAAGGUGAAAGAAUAGAACUUGAUCUUCUGGCCAGUGAGACAGGCUUUGAGCUUCAGAAAAUUCAACCUCUGAAUGCUGAUGGGGAGUCCUCACCAGUGCUGCCUAGUGGGUCUCACUGCGAGAUGGAAGACAUCCUCCCACCAGCAAAGCCAAAAAUGACAGGACAACCAACUCCUGAGCAGAGGGGCCAUGUACUUAGAAAGAAAAGGGUCUCCCCUUCCCACCAAAGGAGGACACGACAGAGGUCUCGGUCCUCAAGACAUACACCUGGAAAUUACGAGGACAGCAGGAAGAAUUUUGUAACAAAUGAGACCUCAAUGCAUCAACCGAGCAGCACUUCAGAAUUAGAGGUGAGAGAAGCCCUGACUGAAAGUGCAGAGAGCAGCACAACUGCAUUAAUGCAAGGGGGUCUUUCUAGGAGUUUAGGAAGAGUCAUUACCACCCAGCGGGGGAUAAAAUUACGACAGACUGCGAGAAAGUGUUGUCCUCAGCCCCUCAGAGGUACAAACAAUGACCAUGGAGAGCAGCUGAGUUUGGUUGGUAUUCACCCAUUCACCUCGACCCCAGUGGAUAAGAUCAAAGGUUUUGGUCCUUUCAGUCGUCGGAUUUCGGUUGAGGUUCACAGAAUGAAAGAACCUGUGUCUCUCAGUCCACAUAAUCAAGUAUCACAGCCUGUGGGCUUCAUCAGGAAGCUUGGGAAUAGAAGUCCAGCCAAGAACAUCAUGCCCGAAGUCAGACGUCAAGAUGAAGAGCAACAUGAAGGCAACAGGGAGGCCCCUGUCAUUGUUGGGUCAAAAGCCCCCAAAGUAGUUUCAGUCAGUCGUGCCAACGACUCCAGUGAACAAGACCGUGUGUCGGCUCUCUCUUAUACGGCCCUCUGUUAUCGAGGCAGUGACAAUGACGGCGCUUCUCCAAGGAUUGAAAAUACCCGUUAUGCAAGCAAGAAUACCAUCAAUCCAGUGACCAAGAAAACACAGGAAACUCUUGAUGAGAAUCUUUGGAAUUUGUCAGUGGUGGCUGCCAUAGAGGACAUCCCUCUCCUCGAAGAUGACGACGAAAGAAGGAAGUCAUCACCAAAUGAACUGGAUGAAGUCAUCUCAGAGGAUAAGGACUGUCAACAGUCACUACAAGUUCGGCAUAAUGUGGCUGUCAAUAAUCCAGACUUUAUGCCUAAGGGAAUCACCUCUCUGCGUCAAGGUGAAGAUGUGGAUCGUAAACCUGAGAAUGACGUCAAUACAUCUACCGUGGAUGAGUCUGUGGAAGAUGGGGACGGCAUCUUAAUUUCGGGGAAUUGCCUUCCAGGGCUCUCCCACCUUCAUGAAGGGCCCACAGAGAAUAAUUCACCUCAAGUAGACUCCCCCAUUAUUCCUGUCCUCGCCUCAGUCCACCCACACAGCAGCAGGGAGAGCCAGGCUCAGACGAUGAACCAAACACCCUCAAGCACAAGAGGCAGAUCUAGAAACAAUCAGGAAAACAUGUGUAUGCCAUCAUCCUAUUUCCAAGUGGGAAAAUCUUGGCUAAGCUCCCAGAUGACCUCACAGGACCCGGAAGAGUCAACAGAGAAUGCCAGUUCCACCCUUAGCCAGAGACACAGUGAUGGGAAUGUUGCCAAGGUAACAAGCAAGUACCAAUCUGCAGAUGCAAGGAGCAGCAUACAGAUUCCUUCAGACACCGAAGAAGAGGCGAGCACUGAGCUGGCAGCAGCAGUCCCAGAGAGACGAUCAUCACCAAUGGCAGAAGUCAAGACAGAGGACAGCUCCAAGGACGAUACAAAGAAGACAGACAGCAGUGUUUCCGUGGAAACACUUGUUAACGAUGAGACACAGUGCACUCCAGAGCUGAAGGAACCAGAAGCAGCACCCAGGAAGAUAAAAACUCCUGCAGAAAAGAAACAACGAUGGUUAAGUCAACAGAGUCUGAUCAAAGCUCCAGGUGAACCUCAAGCAAAAGAAGGCAGGCUUAACCAGGAGGGCCAACAGCUCCUCUCUCAAAUGACUCAAGAAGAAAGGGAUCUGGUGAGUGGAGAAAAGGGCUUGAUUACCAGAAAAAGAAAGCGAACUGACUCACAGGAGGGUCGAGUGAGAGGUCAAAGUGGUUGGGAAGAAAGCCUGAGACAGAAACCGGCUGUGGUCACCAAGUUUCAGGCAGGAGAAACUCCAAAGUCCUUGAAGAAACCAGAGACUGAGAAGAAGAAACAGUCUCCUAAAAAGAACAGUGAGCCAUUUCAGAGUCCCAGUAAAGCCAGCAAGGAGAAGUCUCACCUCUUGCAGCAGAAAAUGCCAUUUAGGGAUGUAUUGAAGCCUCCUCCGUCCAAGAAGAUGAAGUUGAUUGAUGAGGGCCCUGAUCCUGCCCCAAAGUCAAGUGAAGAAGACGAAUCGAGCAAGCCAACGGCUGCCCAAAUUUCCAGCCCUUGCCCGAGUCGUCCUCUUCAAGACAAGUACCGAUAUGGCCAGCUGGUCUGGGGUAAGAUGAAAGGCUUCAACUGGUGGCCUGGCACGGUGGUCCACCACCACACCUGUGGCAGGGAUGCAGCAGCCAGCGAUGCAUGCUGGAUCAAAUGGUUUGGAGAUAACAAAUUCUCCAAGGUGAACCUCAACCAAGUGAUUCCCUUUGUCCAGUUCUCUGCUCACUUCUCGCAGUCCACUUUCUUGCACACUGCGCUUUACAGGCGAGCCGUCUUUCAAGCCCUGCAGUUGGCAUCCACACGUGCAGGCAAGACCUACUCCAAUGAUCCGGCCCAAUACAGGACCGAGGUACCCAAGCACAGCCGGCACUCAAACCCAGCCUGGCAGAAAUUCUACGAGCUGUGCACAGACAUGAUUGGAUGGGCAAAGGAAGGAUUUGAGCCAGGUGGCCAGGAUGCCAUCAUGCCAAGCGAAGAGGAACAACAACCCCCACCCCGACCAGCCUCCCCACCCCUAAGCCCUGUGUUGUCCUCACCCACUAAGAAGACCGGCCACUCCUCGUCCAAGGCAGCUGAGACUUGGAAAGAUAUCAGAGAUACCGUUAUCCCAGAGGUUCGUAAUGGGAUCAAACACAUUGAAGAUAUCUGCAUUGGUUGUGGGAGUGCAGCCUUGACAGCCCAGCAUCCUUUUUUCAUUGGUGGUCUGUGCGAAGUCUGCAGAGUUGAGUUUGUAGAGAUGGCCUACGUGUACGACGAAGAUGGUUACCAGAGCUUCUGUUGCAUCUGUGCUGAGGGGAGUGACAUCAUUUUGUGUGACCAGCCAGAAUGCUAUCGUUCAUUCUGCCACGACUGCAUUGAGCAUCUGGUGGGCCCUAGCUCCGUCAAAGAGAUUCUUGAUGAGGACCAGUGGAAAUGCUUCAUGUGCAAACCCGAGCCGACCACCGGCCUGCUCACCCGGCGCCCCGACUGGCCCCAGAAGCUGCUCUUGUUUUUCCAGCAGGAUCGCAGCCAGACCUUCCCACCCAUGAAGACCUAUCCCCCCGUGGAAAUGGAUCAGCGUAAACCCAUCAGGGUUCUUUCGUUGUUUGACGGCAUUGGAACAGGCAUGCUGGUCCUGAAGGAACUGGGUCUGAAGGUGGACUGUUACUUCGCCUCGGAGAUCAACGAGGAAGCCAUGCAGGUGUCUUCGGUGCGUCACGACGGCAUCAUCCAACAGCUGGAUGACAUCAGGAAGAUCACGGCGCAAGAGAUUCGUUCUCUUGGGCCAUUUGACCUAUUAAUUGGUGGCAGCCCCUGCAAUGAUCUCUCCAUUGCCAACCCGGCACGCAAAGGACUGUUUGCAGGGACUGGUCGUCUGUUCUUUGAUUUCUACCGUCUCCUGACAGUCGUGCGCCCCAACGCUGACAGCCAGCGCCCAUUCUUCUGGCUGUUUGAGAAUGUGGUCGGGAUGCCUCACCAACACAAAAUGGAGAUUUCAAAAUUCCUGGAGUGUGACCCGGUGGUUGUUGAUGCAAAGGAUGUCUCGCCAGCCCACAGAGCCCGUUACUUCUGGGGCAACCUGCCUGGCAUGAACAGACCCAACAUUGCCACAGACAAGAACGCACUGUGCCUUCAAGACUGUCUGGAACCCAAUUGCAACAGGCAAGCCCAGUUCUCCAAGGUCCGCACAGUCACCUCCAAGCUGAACUCCAUCAAGCAAAAGAAUGAGCAAGUGCUGCCCGUCCUGAUGAACGGACAGGAGGACGCCCUCUGGUGUACAGAAAUGGAAAGGAUUUUUGGCUUUCCCGACCACUACACAGACAUUGCGAACAUGAGCCGCACCUCACGCCACCGGCUAAUGGGUCAGGCAUGGAGUGUGCCAGUCAUCAAACACCUCCUGGCUCCACUCAAGGAGUACUUCACCUGCGAGAUGCACCAGUAGAGGCGACCAGUGCAGGCAACCUUGCUUACUGACUUUCUUUCGGGAUGGUUCGAGUUGGAUGACUAGCUGUGUAUGCAGUGCCAGAUUUCAGUCCAGUGUUUUGUUUGCAUUAAGCUAUGAUGACGUUGUGCAGAGGUGAUUUUUUUUAAUGCAUGGAUGGCUUUGGUGUAUUUCACCAGGGUAAUAUCCAUCUUGGAAGUUGGAAGUUUGUGGUGUUCACUAGUUAUGUUUAAUAUUAUGCAUGAACAAAUCAGGCGAAAAUGAACAGUUGUACUGAGAUGUGCAAAAUGCUUGGAAAAAUCUAACUUUUGGUAGUUUGUUCAGAUUAGUUAGAAUGUUUGAAUGGAACACAGAUUCUGGAAGGACUUCCGAAUAUUUGCAAAGGGCAAACGUUUAUCAGUUUUCUUGCUUGGAAUUCAACAUUUCGUAAAGCUAGGAUCCAUAUCUGUGCAGCAUGAUGGAUUUAUCAUUUCGCAUCCCAGGAAUAAGUGGAAGAAGUAUUUCCUUUGUCUACCGGAAUAAUACACUUUCUACCCUUGAAACGGUCAUCAUAUUCAAAUCGGAUUCUAACAUUAAAAGAGGUAUCAUGCGUCAAAGUUCCCGAGUCAUCACAUAGAUUCUGACAUUGGUCAUCUCAGGAAAUUGAGUUUUAUAUUUGUUACAUCUUUUUUAAAAAUCAAGUUUUCAUAAUUGGCCAGAAAAGCUGCGUUUCAGGGAUCCUUUCUAUUUUCAUACUAUUACCUCUUCGUAAUAUUCAUUUCUCAAGUUUUUAUUUUUUCAUAUAAAGAGUUAUAUGCAUGAAAGUUUAUUAAAACCAAAAAGGUGUUAUUGUACAAUCAUAUUUUAUUAUUGUAAUUUAUAAAAUCAGUGUUUAUUUUUUCAGAUCAAACUAAAAAGCAAGAAGCUGCAAAAUCAUAACUGAUUUGACAUAUUUUUAAAUUGAUACAGGCAGAACUUAUGAAGCAACAUUAUCUUUUCAGAAAAUGAUCGCACAAAAUAUACAAUUUAUCGACUGGACCGAAAGCAGAGCUUAGAUGAUACCAUAACAUAAGCUUAGAAAUUAAAAUUUCCACUUUAUGCAGAUAUUCUCAAUAGCUGUCACUGACACUAAACGAAGACCCCCAAAAGUGAAAUAGUGCUAGCUCAACCAUGUUUUUAGCUUUAGGAGAAAACAGCACAAAGUACAAAUAAACCUGCUGUUGUCACAUUCUGUAAACUUGUAAGCUUCAAUAUAAAAAAGAAAAUCCCUUAAUUAAGUACGGUUAUUUUGCUUGUUCCAACUUGCCAUUUUGUGUUUUCCAUAGUUGUAACUUUUUCAGUAUUUCAAAGUUUUGGAAGUUCUAAUAAAAGUAUACUUUUGCUUAAAGGA